AUGGCAUCAAUAUCGAAAAUUCUCGAGCUAGACGACCGCGCGUCCUCCAAAUCCCCCGCUUCAUCCGACAAUGGAUUCGAAUCCUUCGAAGCGACAAGCUCUCCCGAGCAUCAUCAAAACCUCACCAAAAUCUCGACCGAGUCUGGCUCGGAUUCCGGCCGCGUUUCUUCCGUCGAAGACUAUGCAAUGAAGGUUGAUUCAAUGGAUUCUGACGAGAUCGGCGGAGCGUCGCCAAUUUCAAACUCGAAAAAUUUCCGACCUUGGGAAGUUGAAUCCUCCAAGCCGCAAGAAUCACGUGUGCCAGAACUCGGCCUUCACAACAACCCCUUCGGCCUAGGAGCGAUCGCCCCGCCUCUCGGUGGAAUACCAAAUCUCUUCCAUGGUCUUCUCCCCGGUCUUCAAACGUUUCCAACAGCAGCUCCGAGUUUUGGCCAUCAGUUGGCGCUACAGAACUUUUUGCAACAGUCGCAGAACUACAUGGCGCAUCAAAAGGCAUUGGCUGCUUUGCGCUUGAAAUCGGAAUUCGAGCAAUUUUCCGGGGCACGAAAGUCUGCCCAACGUCAGGAUGCUUGGCAGUCAGGCGUCAUCCCAGGAACCCCACCCAUCGCUAGCAGCUUUCCUCAUCUUCCAGCAAAAACUCCAGAGCCAGCGAAUCUUCAAAGCCGCGAAAUGAAAAAGAGCAAGGAUGAAGACAACGAUGAGAACGCAAAAAUCGCGAAGACGAAAAAGAACCUGGAGUGA